AUGUCACUAUCACGCUUCCUCCGCGUGCCUAGCAUCCGACAGGCAGGAUGGACCCAUAGCUCCACCAUCUUUGAGCCUUUCUGCUUUCGACUCACGCGCAGCUUUGCCACGGAACCCCACCCGAAGCCGCAUGAGAAUCUUUCGAAAGAACAGGCUGAACUCUUGCGUUUGCUGCGCGAGGGUGAGAUAAAGUCAAGGGCUUUGCAGAAUGAGGUGCCUCUUGGACUAGCUGGUGAAGCCCUUCAGCAAGGGUCUAGAGUUGGACCGAGCAAGAUCGACAAAUGGGUCGGCCUGGGCAAAAAUUGGCAGGACCUCAGUGGUCGACAAAAAGAGCUCUUCGCUCGCAACAGCCCCACAGUCAUCUUCAAUGAGGCCUGCAAGCAUAUUCAAAAAAGUGACAAGGUGCAUGAAUAUCUGCUGGAACCAUACCGCUUCCAAACAUCAUUGACAACUACUCGCGCCGAUUUCUCUCCCUUGAACCCUCCGUCACACCCCCACCGUCCAUCUCAAACAGUGCACUCUAUGCGCUACGUGGAUCCUCGUACAGGGGCCGAAAAGCUGGUAAUGCACUUUUAUAUGGAGGCCCGUGACAAAGACCGCCCGCUCAGCUACUGGCAACACGUUCGCUCCGGAUUCUUGGAUGGGGCGCAGUGGCUUCAGCACAAGGCCUUGGAAAGCUACGAGACAGCGUAUGAAUGGUGGCAACAGUCGUCACAUCCUGACGAAUCGACUUUAUCUUCGUCGACGGUGGCUACGGACCCUAUAGCCACCCCUUCUGAGCCCUGGUGGAUCACGAAGAAGCUCCGAGGAUUGGUCCAUGGGGUUGGUCAAGUUAUCGGGAGCACAAACGAUGCCGUUGGCCUGUCCAAGCUUGACCUGGCUGCGGGUCUACGCCCUGAACCUGGUACGUUUACAGAAGGUGAGGUGCAUGUGGAACUCGUCAAGGACGAGCGCGGUGUGUACCAGUACCAGCGUUUCCACAUCGAUAUCCCUCAUUCACGUUCCCCCAUGUGCAGGCGGGUCUAUUUGGAUCGUCGCCGCGGAGAUUUGCCGACUAGGUAG